AUGUCCGUGUCGCUGUCUUGGUUGCUUUUGGUUCCAUUGGGCAUCUUGUUCAAGAUGUGGUACGACAAGAAUGCGGGAGCAAGAAGAUCACUUCCUCCCGGUCCGAAGGGUUGGCCUUUGCUAGGGAACGUCAACGACAUUCCUGAAGUUGCCCCUUGGCUGGAUUACGCGGACCUUGGCAAGAUAUAUGGCGGUAUCAUCGGGUUGAAAGUCCUCAGCCAAAGUCUCGUUGUAGUCAAUGAUCUUAGUAUCGCGCACGAACUACUUGACAAGUGCUCGAACAUCACGUCAGAUAGACCGGCAAAUAAGUUGCUCGAUUUCCUCGGAUGGGAGUUCUCGCUUGUCAUUCUGCGGUAUGGCCAGCGGUGGAGGGAUCAACGACGACUCUUCCGCCAGGCAUUCCGGCCAGAAGCAGUGUAUGGCUAUCAACCAAUUAUAACACAGAAAGCUCGCCAACUCCUCUUGAACUUGUUGGACAACCCAGAGGGUUUCAUAGAUCAUGCCAGGAACUAUCCGGCCUCUAUCGUCAUGCGUCUGGUCUAUGGCCACGAGAUCGCUCCUCGUAACGACCGCCUUGUCUACCUUGCUGACAAGGCUGGAGAGAUGGUUGAGUUGCUACUCCUUCCUGGCUUGGACCUCAUCAAAGUGUUCCCCUUUCUGCGUUUCCUCCCUGAAUGGAACUUCUUAACCGGUUUCCCACGAAAGGCACGCAUUUCUCGUGACAUGGUCAAGGAAAUGAGGGACGUCCCGUGGGAUAUGGUCCGUGAUCAGAUGACAGCGGGCACAGCGCCUUCGUCAAUGUCGUCGGACCUCUUGGAAAGGAGCAGCAAGCUGGGAGGGGACAUGUCGAAAGAGGAAGCCACCAUCAAGGACACUGUCUCUAUUGCCUUCGCAGCGGGCACGGAUACGACCGCGGCCACUCUGAAGACGUUCUUGCUCGCGAUGGUCCUGUUUCCCGAGGUGCAGAAAAAGGCUCAGGAGCAGAUCGACAAUGUCGUUGGCCAACGCUUGCCGACAUUCGACGACCGAGACUCGCUACCGUAUGUGGAUGCUAUCUAUCAAGAGACGCAGCGAUGGCACCCUGCUGUCCUCCUCGGUUUUCCGCAUGUUUCUACUGAGGACUGUUCGUACAAGGAAUGGUUCUUACCGAAAGGCACAGUGAUCUUGCCGAACAUCUGGGCCAUGUCUCGCAACGCGGAGCAAUACCCUGAGCCAGAGGAGUUCCGGCCAGAGCGGUAUCUGACACCGAGUGGCGACCGCACAGAAGAGAGCUCAGAGUUUACUUUUGGUUUCGGACGUCGCAUUUGCCCGGGACGACAUGCCGCCGAUGCGUCUUUGUGGCUCGCCAUCAGCAGCAUCCUCGCCAUGUUCUCCAUCGAGAAAGCCAAGGACGAGAACGGCAAGGAGAUCCCCAUCCCGGGCGACUAUGGUGGCCAUGGGCUCUUGCCUCACUCACGAUCUGACUUUGCAGUCGUUCCGUACAAAUGUGUUUUCCGCCCUCGCUUCGAGGGUGCAGAGCAGUUAAUCCGUAGCUCCAAGUGA